UGUGUAUAUGUUGGGAUUUUUGUAAUAUGUUUAGGGAGUUGAGAUUUUUUGUAAUAUCGUAAACAUAAGUUGUGUAUUUGUGUAAUUUUUAGUUCAAUUAAAGCAAGAUGUUUCUGGUACUAAUACUUACAUGGGGAUUUAGUCAUUAAUCUCCAUUGUAUGUUUAAAUAUUAUUUCCUUGAGAGAUUUUCAGUAGCAGAAAUGUAUUCAAUUCUUUUUCUUUUAAAUGUUUGGACAUGGCAGGGUGUGGAAACCAGUCCUGUCCGAAUGGUUUGCCGCAGUAAGUUGGGGAGUUCACGGGUCGGUAAUUGGUAAAAAUCAAAAUCAAACCAACAUAAUUGAUUUUUUAAAUUAUUAAAAUCAAAUCAAACCAAAAUAUAUAUCUAUCGGUUUAAAUUCGAUUUGAUUUAGUUAUCAACUAUACACAAAAAAUGUAAAACAAAACAAAACAAGUCAAAUAAAGUUUGAUUUAUUUAAUUGUUUUGGGUUGAUUGUUUACUCAACUCGUGAACACCCCUACCAUCAAGGGUGCUAACUUGUAGUUACAAAGUCCCAGUCCAGGAUAAUCAAAUUCUCUCGAGCAAUAUUUGUACAAAAUUUAUUUUUCAACUGAUGCGAUUUUUCAUUAGACACUUCAAAAUGUGUCUAUUGAAUGAAUAUAUAUAAUAUUUCACAUUCAAAACAUGAAUGAAUAUAUUUACUGUCUUAGUUAAGGAUCACUCGAUAUUAUAAAAUUUUAUUUCCAUAUGGUACAGUAAUAAUGAGUGAUGAGUCCUUUGCUAAAGUUUAUAUACCAAGCCUAUACAAAAUUCAACUGCCAUAUGAUUUGAUGUGCAUAUUUUUCUCUCCACUCUAUCGUAGUAGUUGACAAACAUUAACACAAUCUUAUGAGUAACCCCUUUCGAAUAGUUUGAUUCGCGUACUAAAUUAUCCCGAGAUUAUUAGUUGUCAAACACUAACACGACAUUAUGAUCAAGCCAUUUCGGAUAGUUUAAUUCGCAUUCUAAAUUAUCCCGAGAUUAUUAUUUCCAUCCAAGACCACAACAUCCCCAACCCCACCCCACGCACCCACCCACCCACACACCCCAAACAAUGAAAUCACUAUUAGAUUGGGCCAAGUUUCAAACCCGUAACAUCAAAUCCGGUUUAACCCCAAGAAUCAUUGAUACCAACCACCUUAUUUAUGUAUACUCAAAGCACUCUCUUUUACAGUAUGUCCAAAAUUUGUUUGACGAAAUGCCUGAAAGAAAUGUUUUCACUUGGAAUGCUAUUAUUAACACUUACGUUAAAGACAACAACUUUGUUCAAGCGAGAGCACUUUUUGAUGCUGCUCCCUUUAAGGAUUGGGUCACCUACAAUACAAUGUUGUCUGGUUAUGUCAAUUCUGAAGGAUUUCAGGAUGAAGCAGUUCGAUUAUUCUCCGAAAUGCAAUUUGUUGAUGAAGUAUCUGAGUAUGCAUUGACUACCAUGCUUGGUUUAGUGACAAAGUUGAGUCUUUUGUCAUAUGGUAGGCAAUUGCAUUCUUAUAUGUUGAAGACUGGGAAUAGUUUGAAUAGGUAUUCGUUGAGUUCUUUGAUUGCUAUGUAUUCGAAAUGCGGGUGUUUUAAAGAUGCUUGGAGGGUCUUUGAUGGAUCUGAUGACGGGUUGGUUGAUACGGUUUCCAAGAAUACUAUGGUGGCAGCUUGUUUUAGAGAAGGUGAGUUGGAAAUGGCCCGGAAUGUGUUUUUAAGUAGGCGACAGUUGAAUGAUGAAGUUUCUUGGAACACAAUGAUUUCGGGUUUUGCCCAAAAUGGUUAUGAAGAGGAGGCUAUCCGGUUGUUCAGGAUCAUGAUGGAGGAGGGAUUUGUAUGGAAUGAGCACAGUUUUUCUAGCGUUAUAAGUGCUUGUUCUGGCGUGAAGAAUUUGAAACUUGGGAAGGAGAUUCAUGGUUGGAUUUUGAAGAAAGGAAUGAGUUUGAAUCCAUUUAUUAGCAGUAGUUUCGUUAAUCUUUAUUGCAAGUGUGGUCUCUUGAAUUAUGCGCAUUCAAUUUGUAAAACUACUCAGAAAGAGAACCCUUUUGCUGUCACACCAUUAAUAGUAGGAUAUUCAGAAACGGGUAACAUGUUAGAAGCAAGAAGGCUUUUUGACUCAUUGCCUGAUAAGAAUCAUGUUGUAUGGACCGCUAUGAUAUCUGGAUACGUGAAAGCACAUCAAUGUGAAGAAGCUUUUCAGCUUUUCAGAGAGUUAAUGACACAGAAAACCACUGUUCCUGAUGAACUGAUUUUUAUAAACCUGCUUGGCGCAUGUGCCAUACAUGCAACUUUUAAUUAUGGGAAGCAAAUACAUGCCUGUAUACUAAGAACCGGCACCGCAAUGGAUGCUAAGUUGUCAAAUUCGUUGGUUGAUACGUAUUCAAAAGGCGGAAAUGUAACAUAUGCACGGAGGAUUUUUCAAUUGGCUGUUGAUAGAGAUACAAUUCUUUACAACAGUAUGAUAGCUGGUUAUGCUCUCCAUGGGUACGAAAAUGAAGCUAUUCAGCUUUUCAGUCAGAUGACAGAGCAAGGUUUCCAACCUGAUGAAGUCACUUUCCUUGCCCUUCUAUCAGUUUGUCGGCACCGUGGGUUAGUAAAAUUAGGAGAAGAGUAUUUCUUUUCCAUGACCCAAGAUUAUAAAAUAUCACCUGGAUUCGACCACUAUGCAAGUAUGAUAGACUUGUAUGGGAGGGCAAAUCAACUUGACAAGGCAGUAAGCUUAAUGGAAACGUUGCCUAUGGAACCAGAUGCUGUAAUUCUGGGGGCAUUUUUAAAUGCUUGCAAAAUGAACAGAAAUGCUGAACUUGCAAAAGCUGCUGAGGAUAAGCUAUUGCAAAUUGAGGGAGGGAAUGGGUCUAGAUACGCUCAGUUGGCUGGAAUCUAUGCUUCGGAGGGGAAAUGGAAUGAGAUGGGAAGGGUAAUGAAAAUGAUGAGAGGAAGAGAGGCCAAGAAAACUGCUGGUUGCAGUUGGGUAUACAUAGGAGACACAGUUCAUACCUUUAUCUCGGGUGACAGAUCUCACAUGGAAAAUGAUGCCAUAUAUAUUACUUUAGGAUGUUUGAUCAAAGAAUUAUCUAAAUUAUCAGCCACUAUAUUCUUAGAAGAAGAGUUCUGCAUAUUCUAUUGAUUAGUAAUGUUGAUACAGAUCGUUGAGUUACUUCUUUUUCCAUUUACAUGCCUUCGGCCGUAGGAUGGAGCUGUAUUGAUCAUGUCCAUUCUAUUCCCCUGGGCAUUGUGCUUAUUCUAGGGUCGUUUGAACAAUGUUGAGCAAACAGGAAUUUAGAUAGAUUUUCAGAAAUUUAAAAAGAUAGUGUUGUACAGUAGUUUCACAUUUAAAAUGAUGAAGAAAUUCUACUAUAUUAGAAACAUGGCUAUAGAUGCUGUUUAACAUGUCUGCUUAGUGUCAUUUCAAUUUUACUUGAAUGCAUUAUAGACAUUUAGCAUCACUUGCUUAUUAGACACGUCUCUUUAUAUCUCUUCUAAUCUACAAUUGAAUAGCCACAUUUGCCACUUUCUCUCUUUUGUUUUCAAUGUGGUUCUAUUAUCUUUUACAGCUUCUUCAUUUCCAACUUCCACCAUCUUCUUGCUUGGCAAUUCUUUAAGUCUCUCUGGAUUUUCUGGAUUUUAACAACUUUUCUCUGCUAUCUACUUCGGUAUAUAUGUCCUACUUUGUUUUUAUGGUUUUCUUGUAUUAUAUGUAUAUACAUUGCUUACUCUAUGGCAAUAUUGCUUACAUAUUUUUACUAAUAUGUAGGGAGAAUAGUCAUAGAUAUAUGCAAUUAACAGUUCUAUACUUCCCUCGAAUUUUAAGAGAAGUAAUCUUGCUUUGCUAUUGUUACAAGUACUGCUUAGAAACAAAGGUUAGCCCAGUCAUGUCAUGAACAUUACUAAAGAAAUUUGAAUGUGAUGUCUUUUAUUCAAUGGCUAAGACAUCAAGCAUUGACGAAAAUUGUUAGAGUGAGCUUUUGCGGAACCAAAUUCUUUAAUUCAAACUCCUAAACAAUUAAAAUCUAAGGCUUUGCAAGUUUUGAUCAGGGUUUUGGAGUUACUAGGUUAACAAUAGAUUAGUAUUUUUGCUGCUUAUUAUUAAAUUCAAUUAUUUUUUAAGCUAUCCCUUUUCUUGACGAUGACAGUGAUUUUUGAAGUUUGUGAUUUUGAUGAACAGGUAAAAUCGUAUUUGUCUAUUGGGGCAGUAGAUACUUUGGCUUAACUCAAUGAUGGGUUAAUGUUUCUCUUUUUCCUUUAAAUUUUCAAAAACCAAACACAGUCUCUAAGAAAAGAGGGUAUUAGGUUAUGAGUUUAUGAUGGUUUGCCCAUUUGAUCAUUGUGAAUGGGUUCGUUGGUUGAAUGAAGCUAUGGACAACAUAUCAUUGAUCAUUUAGUCGGAUAAUCUGUCCAAACUAAAAAAUUUGCUCCAUUGUUCUUCAUUGAUCAAUUUGGAAGUUGCAUGUCAAUUGAAUCAAAAUGUCUAGUCUCGUGGACCCUUUUAUUUAUCCUGAUUUGUAAAGUGGAUACUUCUACUUAUACUUUUGUUAUUUGAACCCUUAAACCCAUUUAAAAUAAUUUUUUUAAACCCUUUUUUUGGCAUGACAUCUUAUGUGUCUGAGACCACAUAGGAGCGUGUGAUUAAAAUGCCAAAGGCGUGUCCCACCCAAAACAGGGCCCCAACGGUCCAAAAAGUGCAUUUAUAAGCCUUCUUCCUAAUUUGCUUCCAAUACCAUUGUUGGAGCAAUUUGAGCCUUUUUCUCCCAUUUUCUCUAUCUUCUCUCCCUAAUUUCUUGUACCUUAAUUUUUUAUUUUUUAUCCUUCUGUGUUUUUCGGUUGUACCUUGAUUCUUAGUCCAUUUUUUCUCUAAUUUUUCAUAACACCAUAACAAUUCGGGUUUGUUAUUGUGGUUUUAUACUGAACUUAAGAUGACAAGAACAUCAACUAAUUCUGAAAGAAUGUUUUGGGAUUGUCAAAAAUAUAAAGCCAGCAAUUGUUGUGGAUUCUUUCGAUGGGCUGAUGCAAAUGAAUAAUACUACAUAAACAAUCCAUCAACAAUUUCAGAGCAAGGAAGUAAAGGCAGACAUAGAAAGCAGCGAAGACAAGAAAGGCUGGGAAGAAAUAGAAGACAUGAAAGACAUGAGAGAUCAAGCACUGACAUUGAUGUCACUCUUAUCAUCAUUGUUGUAUUUCUAUCUGUUGUACUUAAGAUGGCUUGAUAUUUAUAGUUGCAAUGUGCAAUGAUAAUGAAAUUUAAAUUUAAUG